AUCCCCCGGAAGGCUCAGCGAUGAAAACGCCUCGCCCUCUUUGGGCUCUCCCGCGGCUUCUUUGCUUCAUCAGAACUGCAACCUACUCCUCCGCCGCCGUUACUGCUCCGGCCACCGCCGUGAACCCUAGUUUUCCCCUCAAGAAUGUCACCAAGUCCAACUUCGAAGCAGUGGUUGCGGAGCUUCGGAAUCAUGUCCGAGCUGCGGACUUCGUUGCCAUUGACCUAGAAAUGACCGGAAUCACCAGCGCCCCAUGGCGCGAAUCUUUCGAGUUCGAUCGCUUUGAUGUUCGCUACCUCAAGGUCAAGGACUCCGCCGAGAAGUUCGCUGUGGUUCAAUUCGGCGUCUGCCCUUUUCGCUGGGACUCCACGAAGAACUCGUUUAUCGCUCAUCCGCAUAAUUUUUUUGUUUUCCCGCGUCAAGAAAUUCAAGUCGAUGGCCCUUCUCCCGAGUUCCUCUGUCAGACAACCUCCGUAGAAUUCUUGGCUAAAUACCAGUUUGAUUUCAACGCCUGUAUACAUGAAGGAAUAUCUUAUUUGUCCAGAGCACAAGAAUAUGCAGCACGUAAACGCCUGGAUUUUGCAUAUGGGGAUGAAAUGUCAGAUGCAUCUUCUAAUGUGACUGAUAUCAAGGAUGAGAAAAGGGUCAGCAUUUCGGAUGUUUUAUUCAAGGAAAGAAUGAAGAACAGAUUGCAUGAAUGGCGGGACAGAUUACUAUCUGAAAGGAACGUGGAGUUCCAGGGUCAGGAAUGCUCUUACCAACGACCAUUUCAAACCAUUUUCUUCAAGAUGCGUCCUGCUCUUUGUUUGAACGAUUUCACCUCUCAUCAGACAAGAUUGAUUCAGCUGGUAAUCAAGAAGCAUUUUACGGAUCUUUGUUAUGUUCAUGUGGAUAAUGGCAAUGCAAAUUUACAACAAUUAGUUGUGUAUGUGGAUUACAGAGACGAUAAAGAGUUGCUCAUGAAAGAGGUAAACAGCGAACGGCAGAAAGCAGCUGAAAUGAAGAUCCAAUCUGCAAUUGGGUUUCGUCAUGUUAUUGAUCUUCUCUCAUUGGAAAAGAAGCUGAUCGUCGGUCAUAAUUGCUUCCUUGAUAUUGCUCACAUACACAGCAAAUUCAUAGGUUCUCUUCCUUCAACUGCUGAAGAAUUUGUAUCUUCUAUUGGAAAACACUUUCCAUACAUCAUGGACACCAAAAUUCUAUUAAAUGGCAAUAGUAUACUUCAGCAACGGAUGAAGAAGUCCAGCACAUCUCUAUCCUCUGCAUUGGGCGUAUUAUGCCCGCAUAUUGCUUUUAGCUCUCACUCAAAGAGCAGUCCUGCCUUCAACUCGGGUGUGCAAGUGGAGGUUCAAGUAGAUGAUUUAAGAUCCUCCAACUGGAACUCUGGAGAUAAACAUGAAGCUGGGUACGAUGCUUUUAUGACGGGAUGCGUAUUUGCUCAAGCAUGCAAUCUUAUUGGAAUUGAUUUCGUACGUAGCUCACCUUCUGAAACUUUGGCUGACAAUGAGAAAUUCCAGAAUCAUGUAAACCAUCUGUAUUUGAGUUGGKCCAGUGGAGAUAUUAUCGAUCUGAGCACCGGUAAUAGAAGAACCGAGUCUUUGAGGUCUAAUAGAUCCAAAAAGCAUCAAGCAAAAAUAUCGUUCGAGAACAUUGUUCUAAUAUGGGGAUUUCCCACCAACAUUAAUGCAAGGAAGAUCAAACAGUGCAUCUCUAAAGUCUUUGGCCCGACCAAUGUCGUUAGCGUCUACCAUUUAGAUGAAAGUGCUGUUUUUGUGCAGUUUGCGAAGCUAGAAAUGGUUUCUGAGUUUCUUAUGCUGAAGGAAAACUUGGAGAGGCAUAAUGAUCCUGUAUCAGUUUUGCAUCCUCUCUAUGAACUUUUUGAAGCUAGAAAUACUCAUGCCGCAUGCUAUGAAGCAUACAAGGAAAUUUGCAGCUCUCCCAUUUGUAAACUCUUGUUUGCUGACCAGGCCGAGGCAGUUGGGUUUAAUCGGAAGACAAAGUCAAUAAAACCCGAGACAGUUAAGAGCCAAAUGCACGAAGCUGCCAAUGGUUUAACUGCUGAUAUGUUGGAUGGAAACACCGAAAUACAGGAGACAGAGAUUGGAGCAAAUGAUAUUAGCUGCACUAACUAUAAUGUCUUAAACUUGUCUUCAAUGUAACCCACCCCGAAAACCAAAAACGUAUCA